CUACAUAUUCUGAACCAGGCUUCGCGCAUGCUCUGUGAAUCAUUAUCUACCCACUCAAUAUUGCAACAAGACUGAAAUAAUUCAAACGGUUCAAGAUGACGUCAUGGAGCGACCGCUUACAGAACUUUGCAGACCUCCCAGCCAACAUGGACGGCUUGGCCAUGAAGAAGUAUCGGCGUGAGGCCUACCACAGCUUUCCAAGGGAACUGGCCCAAUACCAUCCUGCAAUGAGAGUUUUUGUGAACAGAAGCUUGGCAAUGGAGAAGAUUAAGUGCUUUGGUUUUGAUAUGGACUACACUCUGGCAGUGUAUAAAUCACCUGAGUACGAGUCGCUGGGAUUUGACCUGACCGUGGAACGUCUCGUCCACAUCGGUUACCCACAGGAGCUGCUCAACUUUGUCUACGACCCCGCUUUCCCCACCAGAGGCCUGUUGUUUGACACAAUGCACGGGAAUCUGCUCAAGGUCGACGCAUACGGCAACAUCCUGGUCUGUGCCCACGGCUUCAACUUCAUGAGGGGGCCUGAGAUCAGGGAGAUGUACCCCAACAAGUUUAUCCAGCGUGGAGACACAGACCGCUUCUACAUUCUGAACACACUGUUCAACCUCCCCGAAACCUACCUCUUUGCUUGUCUGGUUGAUUUCUUCACCAACUGCCCCAAAUACACAAGCUGCGAGACUGGCUUUAAGAAUGGAGACCUCUUCAUGUCCUACAAGAGCAUGUUCCAGGAUGUCCGUGAUGCUGUGGACUGGGUCCACUUGAAGGGAUCUUUGAAAGAAAAAACGGUUGAAAACCUGGAAAAGUAUGUGGUCAAGGAUGGGAAGCUCCCUCUACUCCUGAGUCGGAUGAAUGAAGUGGCCAAGGUGUUCCUGGCCACCAACAGUGACUACAAAUACACAGAGAAAAUAAUGACAUACCUGUUUGACUUCCCCCAUGGUCCAAAGGUGGGAAUGCCCCAUCGGCCCUGGCAGUCCUACUUUGACCUGAUCUUAGUAGAUGCCCGCAAACCCGUGUUCUUCGGAGAGGGGACAGUGCUACGGCAGGUCGACACAACCACAGGCCGGCUGAAGAUUGGCACAUACACAGGACCGCUGCAGCACGGCAUCGUGUACUCUGGAGGUUCCUCUGACAUAGUGUGUGACCUGCUGGGGGCCAAAGGGAAGGACAUAGUAUACAUUGGGGACCACAUCUUUGGGGACAUCCUCAAGUCCAAAAAACGCCAGGGGUGGAGGACCUUCUUGGUGAUCCCUGAACUCGCUCAGGAGCUGCAUGUGUGGACUGACAAGAGCUCUCUGUUUGAGGAGCUCCAGUCUCUGGACAUCUUCCUGGCAGAGCUCUAUAAAAAUCUUGACAGCAGCAGCAACGAGAGACCUGAUAUCAGUUCCCUCCAGCGCAGGAUCAAGAAAGUGACCCAUGACAUGGACAUGUGCUAUGGGAUGAUGGGCAGUCUGUUCCGCAGUGGCUCCAGACAGACUCUGUUUGCGUCACAGGUGAUGCGCUAUGCUGACCUGUACGCUGCCUCCUUCAUCAACCUCCUCUACUACCCAUUCAGCUACCUGUUCAGAGCAGCACACGUACUGAUGCCCCAUGAGUCGACGGUUGAGCACGCCCACGUGGACAUCAACGAUACCGAGUCUCCCCUGGCAACGCGUAACCGCCACUCCGUGGACCUGUUGGAGUUAGACUGUAAGAGGCACCAGCUGACCCGCUCCAUAAGUGAGAUCCAGCCCCCAAACCUGUUCCCACAGACACCCCAGGAGAUCACCCACUGCCACGACGAGGAUGAUGACGAGGAAGAGGAAGAGGAAGAGGAGGAAGAUUUCCAGAGAAGUUUCCAGAUGGAGCUCUUCGGACCACACCUAAGAGACUGAUGGUGACUUGGCCCCCCUAGCAUGCCUGCACUGACCUGGCAUCAUUAUGCAGUCAGUAUCACAUACUUGAGCUGUGCACGCAUAGUCUUGAAAACCCCACCCUUAGGCAACACAGUGACCAGGGUCUGGUUUCAAUGGUGGACUCAUUUGGCAUAGAGCAGGGAUGGGCCACAUUGAUUGGUGUGGGGGCCACAUGAGGCGCCGUUGCUAGCAGGUCUGCAUACCCACAUGUGCAUAACCCUUUUCCCACCACAUUGCAAGCAAAACGUUUUUGCAGCCCCCCUCUUGACACCAAAGAGUUCAUUUUGUGCAAUUCUACACAUUUUGUCAUGGGGCGUAGAGAAAAUGUUGCAGUUUUAAAGCAAGUUUGCUGCAAUUCUAUACAUUUUGCCGGGGACGUAAAUUGAUCCAAAGGACUUCAAAGGGGAGCGGCCCGCCAAUUGCCAAUCCCUGGUAUAGAGGAGCUACGUCACUGCCUAUGUCGAUAAGGGAGGGGAAAAUCUGGGGCUUUCCCAACAAACAAAACACUUUGCAGUGCUUUUAGUUAAGGAUGCAAACGGGCCAUGUGAAAUUCACUAAUUUAAAAAGAACCGCUAUGAUCUUCAUCUUGCUAGCUACUAUUUUGUAUUUUAUUCAAGUUGAUAAAGCAGUGACGUAGGCAAUGAUGUCGUUCCUCUAUGACAAAAGAGUCCAUAAUUGAAACAAGGCCCAAGCCAAGGGUCGGGUUUUCCAGACUAAUGCACUUACACUGCCCUGCUACUGUCCCCUAGCUGUGAGUGGUGUGCCUUUUUAGUUUGUUUUACUGAAUGAAACUGUUCCCUUGGUUAAAGUUGCACUAUGCAGAAAUCGCUCUGCCAUUUCCUGGUUGCUAAAAUUCGAAUAGUUUGCCUAAUGUAUAUGUGACGAAACAAGCAAGUUUAGUGUAUAGAAUCAUUGUACCAUGUAAUCCGCAGUGAGAUAUUUUUUUCCAUAACCAAAAAUAGUAUAUUCAGCUGUUUGAAGCUGGUAUACAAAACACAAGUAAAAGACGCAAGCGAAACUUCAGCACGGUAAGCAUAGAAAUAGGGCACAUAGAACAGAUCUACCGCUUCUUAGACUUGCUUUCAAUAAGAAUGAUAGAUCUAUAAUUCACAUUUCUAUGUAAUUUUGUUGGGGUCGCCCAAAAAGUUACAUAUUGCAGCUUUAAUGUUUGAACCACCUAAGGAACAAUAGUAUAAUUUAUAUGGAGUCCUAUUUGCACCAGACUUUGUGGUUAUAGAAAUGCUUUUCUCUGAACUGUUAUAGAAUAGUAUUUUUAUGGAAACAGAGAGCAUGUGAUGGCUGCUGUGGAACAGAAUAAAAGUUUGUGAUCAUACGCACAUUCUUAAAAAACGUAGGUGCUGGGCUAAUAAAGAAUACUUGUGAAGAACAGGAAGGCCUGUUUACGCUCCCAAAAAAGCACUGAAUUGGGUGCAUAAACUGUGUGUGGGCCUUCCUGUUCUUUGCUGUGGUACAGUACACAUCUGUCUGAGGAAUGUGACAAAUAAAUGUAUCACGUUACGUGACGUUACACAGCAGCUGCAGAUCCAGAGCAACCGGCAGAAGCCGCAAUUCUCCUUUUGGCAUCUGGUUACCUGCUCUAGUUACCAGAUUCCUCCUACUAAUUUACCAUCCCCCACUGACUAAUAGACUACAUUUCCCAGAAUUCAGUUGUAUUCCAUAGCUCAGCCAAUCAGAGUCCCUGUCUCUACUUAGUGCCCUACACAUUAUACAGAUUAUGGCAAUAAUAUACCCUGUAUUAUCAUUUUAAUUCAGACCAUUUCUGUAUCAAGAAAUGCUGUGUAUAUCAGCCCUAUAAAACUGUUGUUGCCCUAGUCUGGUCUGGAUUUGUGAGACAAUGUAUAUACAAGAUAAGUAUAUUUUUGUGUGUCUUUUGAAUAAUGUUUGAAAGGGAAGACAGUCCUGGUAAAAGCUGCUUGUAUUAUUUACUGUAAAAGUGUUCUGAAGGGCUUUGAUGUUGUAGGCCUCUUCUAUGCGCAUUUCAAAUGGCUGUAGUUCAAUGACAUUGCCUAAGUUCACAGCAUGCUCCCGGAGUAUCUAUAACCAGAGACAUGCUUAAAACUCAUCAAAUUGCAGGCAUUUUGUUGAAAGCCUGAAAAACAUGGUAUUGAAAUGCAUCUGCGCUUCCGCAGAAAACAGGCUUAACAACUGUAAGUAUUCAGCUGCAUGAAUAUUUUUUUAUAUAAGAGGUGAAAUUCUGCACUGCAAGAAUCAUUUUCUUAUUUCUGCAAUAGUAUCGGCUAACCGAGUGUCUCUGGGUGUACGGUUAAGUAUGAGUGUUUAUGGUUUAUUAUGGUGCGUAGCAUGACCCGUAAACUGGUCCAAGUUGCCCUCACGUUUAUUUCUAACCCCUCCCCUUAAUGUGGGUCAAAGAUCUUACUAUGCCCGUAAGCUAUGUGCUCAUAUGAUUGGCUGUUUGUUUGUUUUAAUAGCUGUUACUGUACAGUCUUGUCCUACUGUAUGGAACUGGACUGACUCCCUCUACUGGAAGUUUGAAAACUACCAUUAACUCAAAUGUUUCAAUUCAGAAUCCCUUUACCUUGUGGCGGAUUUACCUACUGUAUAAAAGCAACGCUAACUGUGCCAAUGAAUGUCAUGCUGUUAUUUUUUUUAAAUAUGUUUUCCAACUUUUUAAGAUUUAUAAUUUUUGUGCAUGAUCUGAAUCUGUUGAGUUUGGAGCUGCUUUUUGAAUUCACUGUGGAAUGUGAGACGACUAAACCGUGCCAAUGGAUUUAAAGCAAUUUAUGAAAAUGUAUUUUCUUGAAAACAUUUUGUGCAUGUUCUGCAGUUGCUGUUUAAGUGUGGAAUUUGUUUCUGAGAAUUUUACUUGGAGGAAUAUCCAUUUUGAUGUUAAAUAAAAUGUAAUGCGCCGUCGCAAUAGAUUGGAA